CGAUAGAAACAAAACCACGUGUGGGAGACGACACUAUCGGUUAUUCGUCACCCCGUCUUCUCCUAAAAUCUCUGAGCGUAUUCGUCAGACCUACACACUUGCAUACUUGCAUCUCGCUCGCUUGUGGCGGCUUAAAUUUUUUUUUUCUCCCUCUGGAGAUUUCGGCGCCUUUCCUGGUAUUUCACUCUCAAGUUUGUAUGUGAAUUUCCUUGCCACCAUGCCAGUCAAUGAGGAACCAAUAUUGAUAAAGGACAGUACUUUGAUUGAUACGCUGCCAUUUUUCCGACUCAAGCGCUGGCAGUGGUGGCUUUUGGUUGCCCUUAACAUAGUGUUUCUUCUCGUUGGUCAAGCUGCAUCUGUCCUUCUGGGAAGAUUUUAUUAUGACAAGGGUGGAAAUAGUACAUGGCUGGCCACACUCCUCCAAACAGCUGGUUUCCCGAUUCUUUUUAUCCCUUACAUAUUCAUUGGCUCCUCGUGGACACCUUCGGAUUCAGCCAAUCCUUCUCUUAUUAGAGUUUGUUUGAUCUACUUUGUCCUGGGGGCAAUGACAGCUGGGGAUAAUAUGCUCUACUCAGUUGGACUUUUGUACCUCUCUGCCUCUACUUAUUCCCUUAUUUGUGCUUUGCAGCUGGCUUUCAAUGCUGUAUUCUCUUUCUUUAUCAAUCGCCAAAAAUUCACCAUUAUGAUUCUUAAUUCUGUGAUUGUCCUCACGUUAUCUGCUUCUCUCCUUGCUGCUAAUGGUGACUCUACUGAACCUUCAGGAGUCUCAAAAGGGAAAUAUCUCAUUGGAUUCUUAGCUACACUGGCAGCAUCUGUUCUGUAUUCACUCUUACUUUCUCUUAUGCAACUAUCGUUCCAGAAAGUCCUAAAGAAGGAAACUUUUUCUGUGGUGCUUGAAAUGCAGAUUUAUACAUCUGUGGUGGCCACUUGCAUCUCCACUAUUGGUCUUUUUGCUAGUGGGGAUUGGUCAACAUUGCAAGGCGAAAUGAACACUUUCAGCACAGGAAAACUUUCCUAUGUUAUGACUUUGGUAUGGACAGCAAUUUGUUGGCAAAUUUGUGCUGUUGGUGUGAUAGGUCUGAUAUUUUUGGUGUCAUCUUUGUUCUCUAAUGUUAUCAGUACUCUUUCUUUGGCAAUCACUCCUAUUGCUGCACUCAUAGUCUUCCAUGACAAGAUGAACGGUGUUAAGAUAAUAGCCAUGCUUAUGGCACUUUGGGGUUUUGCCUCUUAUAUUUAUCAGAAUUACAUUGAUGACAUUAAGACGAGGAAGACCCACACCAAUGCUGAAAGGACUACUAAUGACUCGUUGUGCUGAUAAUUUGGAACGGGUGGGAUGGGGUUGUGAAGAUCGCCUGGAAUUUUUGUUUAGAAAGGGUUCAUCUUAUGCCUGAGACGUUUUCUUAGCGUUGUAGGUUAUAAUUUUGCUUUCUAAACUUUACCUUAGCUGAGUGGAUUUUUUUUUCGUAUCACUUGGUAACUGAUUGACACGUUACGCAAUUCAAUUGGAUUAGAGUUAAAAGUUUUUUCAGAAUCUGUUUGAGGAAGAACGUUCUUUCUGCAGACUUGCAAUUUCCAGGAAAAAUCAUCUAUCUAAGUGGGGGAUUUAACUUGUUAGGAGCAUUUAGCUAGCUCACAAACAUGCUAUAUUUCAGUCAAAAUGCUGUUAAAUUUCUGUGAGAUGAGACGGAAGGAGAAAGAGAUAUUAUUUGCUGGCUGCAAGUUAGCGGGUGCCUGGAGUUGAGGUUUAAAAGGUUUUAUCUGAAAGCAUGCAUUUGAAUUUGAUUCAUGGUGGAGGAGGCUGAGAGAAGCUAUGUACUUAAUGAUGUAAUGGAGUUGAAAUGACGCAAGUUGUAGCGGAGGCUAGGAUCAGUUUUGAUAGUCUUACGGGGCUGUAAUGGAAGAAGGAAAUUAGACUGAAGUUUCUGAAUGAUAUUUUGUGCGGGCAGUAAGAGCCUACGGAAAAAAUCUGAGACUUGUAUACAACUGCUCUUGGAUAGUUGGGUUUUGCUACCUAAGAUAGCAGCAAACAAGUUGGAAUUUUGUACUUGGUGAUGCCCUUUAGUGAUAGGAAUUGGAUGGCGCAAUCUGUAGUUUGUUGCUUAAGUACAGCACGGGUUGCAGAAAGAGGGAUGUUUGGAAAUGGUGGAAUGUCUAGUGCCAAGCCAUUUUGCUACAAUCUGCUGGACAGAGUUGUUGAAGCUCGACACAGUCAAAUUGAUCUGUGUGGUUAGGCAUGCUGUCCUCAUUUCUGAAAGUUGAAAACCUCAGUUCAGGUUUCCGGUGUUGCAUGCAUUAGGGGUAAUUAGUAGUGUAUGAUAAUAAACUGACAAUUCUUGAUGGUCUGCGCAAACAAUUACUGUUAACAAGUAAUUUAUGUGUACGUGAUUAUAUACACCUCAAAAAAAA